ACAUUACUUGCUACAUGCCCACGCAUAACAACAGCAGUCGUAUAGGAUCACCAUCUCGUACAUGCACAGUGCAGCACAGUAUCAUAUCAUGGAAAGGAGAUCAAAUAUAAGUAGUAAGCCUGGAAGCCGUAAAGGCAGCAGAACCGGAAGUAGUAUGACUGUAGGGUCUCAUGCUCGCUUCUCAAGAUCAUUUCUGGGGUCAAAGUCGAACCUCCUUACCGCUAGUAAGCGGAAUCUCGCCACAGAAAGUAUGAAAUUUUCAAAGCCUCAAGCACAGGUUUUUGAUGAACAUGGGAAGGAUGUUACUCCUCUAAGUCUACUGGAACCCGAUCAUAUCAAACGUAACCAAAGCACCGCAUACGGAGUUGAGAAUGGAGUGCCAAAUGACUCUUUAUUCCAACACUCUAUUUACGGAACUGGGCCUGGAAGUACCAGUUUCUCACAGCCGUUCUCAAGGUCAGUGUUUAGUAGCAGUGUGACAGACCUCGGUACAAUGAGUAUGAGGGACUCAGUAGGUGAGGAGUUGAUCACUGCCAGAGCAACUUCCAAUCAAAAGCAGGACAUAUCUCUAACGGCAAUAACCAUUCCAAGGAAGUUGACUGAAAUUAAUUUGGACCUGGAUGUGACCAUCACUCUAUCAGAAACCAAGACAAUCUGGAUGCUGGACAUUCCGGGUACAUGUGUGGCUCUGGACUCACCUGAAUCUGACGAGGUCAAAAGGCUUAAUGAAAGUUAUCGAAAGCUUGUUGGGACCAGAGCAGGCAAUGACCGCUUUUCAGAGCGGAGUAUGCAAACCAUCAACAAUGACCUGAAGAUCAAACAAAACCAAACUGAAGAUGUUGUUAAAAUGGAUGCUGGUAGCACUGCAACAACAUGGGACAUGUAUGACAUGUACGAGGCCUUAAAGCAAGCUGAGGGUAAAAGUGAUGAGGAGACCUUAGAGGAACUGAGCAGUAGGGCCACUAGCAGGAUGGUGAGUGGGACCUCACAUAGAGCUCCCACUGCCAUGGGCCAGCAGAUGGACUCUACAAUGCCAGGAGAGUCUGUGUUCUUAGCCAGCAUCAUAACAGAAGCCAGCGUUGGAUUAACACAUCCUAGUAAGAAGAGUGAGAAAGACAACAUUUUUGAUCCUACUCUUCCUAGUGACCACCCAAUUCUAAAGAGUAAUAACUUGAGAGACAAUCUGAGGAUGAUGGAAAGAGCGGUUACGCAGAACAUAUACCAGUCAAAACAAGCUCUUUACAGAAAGUUGUUAGUUGUUGUUGAUCCGGAUGUUCCAUCCCUCAACAUCAAAUCACUACCACUUAGCAAUCCUCACCUAGAGAAGUUAUGGUCCUUCUCAUGCCCUCUCACCAGAAGACGUAAUGUCACAUGUAUGGCAUGGAACAAACUCAACAUUGACAUUGUAGCAGUAGGUUAUGGAGAUUUCGGCUUUAGAGGCACUUCUACUGGUCUAGUCUGCUGUUGGUCUCUCAAAAAUCCACAGUAUCCUGAGAGAAUAUUCAACGCUCCGUCUGGUAUUACUUCCGUCAGCUUCUCCCAGAAUCAUCCGAACUUACUUGCAGCUGGUCUGUACAAUGGUGUCGUUGUGUUGUUUAAUGUAAGAGGCACUGCACAUGAGUCAGUAUUGGACAGCAGAGAUGCCCUACACAAACACUCUGCUCCAGUGUGGCAGGUACGUUGGGUGGCCAAGGAAAGAGCUGUGGGAGAAAACAAGGCUGAAAACCUGGUCUCCAUUUCAGUUGAUGGGAAGGUCCUUCAAUGGUCUAUCCGUAAAGGAUUUGAAAGCAUGCAGCUCAUGAAACUCAAGAGGAUGGUGAAACCCAAGCAACAGUCGAAGAGAGUGAAGACCAAGCAAACACCUUCUAGAAUUAACCCUAGCAACCCUGUCCCAAGCAACCAACCUGGUGCUGUCAAUGUUGGUGGGGAGGCAUAUAUAUCGCAACAUGCACCGGGAAUGGGAUUUGACUUUUCUUCCAGGGACUCCAACAUAUACUUGGCAUGUACUGAAGAGGGAUACAUCCAUAAAUGUUCUUGUUCCUACAAUGAGCAAUUCUUGGAGACAUAUACUGGACACACUGGCCCUGUGUAUCGUGUGACCUGGUCACCUUUUGUUCCCACUCUGUUCUUAAGUUGCAGUGCUGACUGGAGCGUGAAGCUCUGGAGCCAGGACAGCACCACCCCAUUGCACAGUUUUCAUGCUGCACAGAAAUCCAUAUUUGAUGUGUGUUGGUCACCUUCGGAUUCCCGGAUAUUUGGCUGUGUCAGCGAAGGACGAAUUGAGAUAUGGAAUUUAGAGCACAACAUACUUGAUCCAAUGAUCCUCCAUAAGCCCAACUCUGGAAUACAACAGACGUGUAUUACUUUUGCCCAAGAAACACAGGUGGUGCUGGUAGGGGAUGAAAUGGGUGCAGUAUCUGUAUAUCUUAUACGCAAUCUACCUGCUGCUCCCAAUGACCAGGAAGAAGCACUACUCAGGGCAGUGUCUGUAUCACAGAAAGAUCUAUAGCCAUUUGUACUAACAACUUGUAAUUAUUUAGCAAAUGACUGUUUUAUUGUAACAUUCUUAUAACUGUGUUGGAAAUAGGUCAACAUCGCACCUCUC